AUGUUCAAGAAAAUGACAUCCUGCAGGCCCCCCCAAAAUACUGAUGAGACACGAAGGAAUGUGACCAUCAUCAUCAUCGGUCUGGAGAAUGCAGGCAAAAGUGUACUUAUGGAGGCCUUCUGCAGACUACUUCCUAGCAAGAUAGACCGUUGUAUGAACUCUAAACUAACUACAGUUCUGCUAGAUGAAUAUGAAAUUUCUAUCUAUGACCUUAAUGGAGAUAUGAAGGGACGAGAAAUCUGGCCCAACUACUACGCACAAGCACACGGGAUUGUUUUUGUCCUGGAUUCCAGCGACAUAGGACGCAUGCAAGAAGUGAAGACCACCUUAUCACAUCUUCUGUCUGAUGCAAGAGUGGCAGGAAAACCCAUCCUACUAUUGGCAAAUAAGCAAGACAAAAAGAAUGCCCUCUUACCUUGUGAUAUUAUUAAAUAUCUGGAAAGGAUAAUGAAUGACAACAAGUUCUUGUUCUUUCUGGAGCCCUGUUCAGCUAUCCAAAACCUCCAAAGAAGUAACCAUGAGCCCCUACUUGAAGGGCUGCGCUGGCUGGAUAUGAACCAGGAGAAAGAAGGCUUAAGAUUAACACCUAAAAAGAAUGUAUCAGUGACAUUUGCCUUAGAUGAACCCAUGGAGGAAGGUGAAUGUUCUAAGGUAAAUGGAGCUCAAAACACUACUGAGCUUCACUACAACUAUAGAGCUGACUUUCAGUUCCCAGAAACUAACACCAAUGAUGAAGAUGAUUAUGAUGAUUAUGACGAUUGCGACGACUGUGAUGAUGACGAUGAUGAUUUUUUUGAAGAACCCAGACCAAAAAAGAGAAUGCCUACCUGGUAUGUAGAGGAGAUGAUGCUGAAAGAUGCUUAUGAAGACAACUUUGAAACCUGUGGUUAG